AAGAUCAUACCUUAUGUUCAAGGAGUCUAACAAAUAAAUAAUAAAUCAUAAUAUUGAGAAAUGGAAAAGUAGAAGAUGCGGUGAGCGUGGAUCGAACACGCGACCUUCAGAUCUUCAGUCUGACGCUCUCCCAACUGAGCUAUCCCCGCACGUUACGUCUGCUCCUUACUAAUUUUAUAAGACUAAUUCUGUAGAUAAGUCAACAACCGUGCGCAGAUGCCAUCGUUUCUUCCUGCUGUGUUCUUCGUUCUUAAUCAUCAUCGUCUCGUCCCGAAUCCCUAAUUACUCAAUCUGUUUCUUUUGCCUUUCGCAUUUAAUCGCCAUGGGGAAGACCAAAUCUUUCAAGGAGGAGUUUUCGUUCGACGAACGACUUCAAGAGUCGCAGGACAUCAUUGUAAAAUACCCCGAUCUAGUGCCUGUUGUAGUUGAAAGAUAUUCAAGAACUGACCUUCCUGAGAUUGAAAAGAGAAAAUUCCUUGUGCCCAGAGACAUGUCCAUUGGACAAUUCAUUCACAUCUUAAGUGGCAGGCUCCACCUGGGUCCUGGAAAAGCUCUCUUUGUUUUUGUGAAAAGCACUUUACCCCAGACAGCUAGUUUGAUAGAUUCAGUGUAUGAAUCCUUCAAGGACGAGGACGGAUUUUUGUAUAUGUGUUACAGCAGCGAGAAAACCUUCGGAGGCGGCCGCAGGGGGGGUAGUAUUUUAAAAAUGUGCCAAUUGUGGCAGUAGUAUACUUGUAUGUGAAUUAAACCUCAGCCAUCCUGUAAAUUCUAUAUGCAUGACUGGCUUUGAACUUACCAUGCACAUUUAACAGAAAAAAUUAUAGCCCAAGUCCAAAAUAUAUUGAUUAUAUUUGGUUGUGUUGAA